AUGAGGAUAGGACUUCGACACUUCUUAUUUAAAAUCAAGGUAGCGGAGACAGAUAGGGCCCGCGAUAUAUCAUUCCGCGCGCGAAAUUAUAGGGACAGCUAUGGGCAGUUAUCUCCUCUAAUGGUUCUAAUAUGUGACGGCGGAGGACGACGACGACGAGCCGGAAAGCCUUGCGGCCGUGAACUUAGGUAG